AUGUUCAAAGACAAACUGACGACGACAGAGCUUCCACACGGCGCCGUCCUGCAGCAGUCCAAAGUCUUGGUGUCGGUGUCGGUCAGCUCUCCAGACCUCUUCCAUGUGGUGCUCCGAUACGCCAACUGGGGGGGUUCAGAUGUCCGGGGCAGGGUGUCGGUGAUGGAGGACGGCUGGAACUACUACUGUGGUAACUGGCCACAGAUCAGUGCUCAGACUGCAGUGAAGCUUCAGGUUUAUGUGAGCGAGGCCGACGUCUAUCUGACUCGCUUCAUCCUCAGAUAUGUAAACACAGAGGGCGACACCUCCAACGGUAAAAUAACAGCCUAUCAGGUGAACCGCAAAGGCUCGGAGCAGACCAAACAGAUCGUCUUCUCUCCCAGUGCCGAGCCCACGUUUGUCAACGUUCCCCAGAACAACUUUGUGGAGCCGUUUGUCCUGAACCCGGGAACCUGGACCGUCGUGAUCGAGGCCGAGGGAAUCCUGCUGGAUUACCUGGUUCUUCUUCCCAGUGCGUACUAUGAAGCUCCCAUCCUGCAGAUCAAAGUGACGGAGCCGUGCACGUACAGCGCUCUGCAAGACAUCACCCAGAACUGUUUGCUGUACAGGUAUCUCUCUCUGGACGCCUUCCCCUCCAUCGCCGGUAACGACGCCAGCUGCGUCCAUGACAACCACCUGCCCCGCCCCUGCCCAUCUGAGAAGAUCACCCCUCGCCACCCUGACAUGGCGGUGUGCAGCGGACACGAUAUGAGCGUGGAGCUGCGAGGCCGUCUCUCCUCCCCGGGCGAAUACGUUCUGGUCGUAGAGUAUUCGAGCGAGGAGGAAUUGCCGCAGACCCUGACAGUGGCUGUGAACACGCCUGGAUCCAGAACACAUCAGCAGCGCGUCACCCUGCUGCACUGCAAAUACAGCUUCCUGUGUCGAGCGGUGGCCAUCGAUGAGCAGAGCAGGGUGGCUGUCUACUCGCUCUCCGCUGACCCCGAGAUCCAGCUCAUCUCCGACCGCGCCAGCUUCUUCCUGCACAAAGUUUACCUGGUGCCUAAAGAUCAGUUCAGCAUGGAGUAUGUGGACCCUAAAGUCCACUGCAUCAGCACUCAAGGACAGUUUGCCCCUGACAGUUCGUCCUGCGUCCCCUCACGCUUCCAGACCCCGUCAGACUCUCUGGUCCUGAAGGAGGGUCAGAGCUCCUCCAUGCAGGAGCCCGUCCUGGCCUCGCCCGCCGCGGCUCCUCCUCCUCCUCCGCCGCUCUCUCAGAGCGACCAGCCGGCGUGGACGGGGGGAGACAGACCUCCACACGGAGCGGAUAACAGCGACCACGUCAGGCUGGACUCGGUACAGAAUGCAGCAGUGUACUCGACCCGUGUCCACGCUCUGGGGCGUUACGUCUUCAUCCUCCACUACCAUCAGCCCCAGCACCCCAGCUACCCGGUACAGGUCUACAUCAACGGGGGACGGAUCUGGCAGGGUCAAGCCAACGCCUCCUUCUGCCCCCACGCUUACGGCUGCCGUAACGUCCUGGUCUCCGAGAAUCAGAUCAUCCUGGACGUGACGGACCACGAGGUCUUCCUCACGGUGCAGAUUCCUGCUGGAAAGACUCUGUGGCUGGAUUAUGUGCUGGUCGUGCCCGAGGCGAGCUACAGCUCCAGCUACAUGAGCGAGGAACCUCUGGACAAAUCCUACGACUUCAUCAGCAGCUGCGGCCAAAACAGCUUCUACAUCAGCCCGUCCACCGCCUCUCCGUUCUGCCUCGGCUCUGCUGUGUCUCUGUCGGCGUUCUUCAACAACGGGGCGAUGCCGUGCGCCUGCCACGAGGUCGGAGCCGAGAGCGAUACCUGCGAGUUGUUCGGCGGUCAGUGCCACUGUAGGCCUAACGUGAUUGGCCGAGACUGCUCGAUGUGUGCGACAGGAUACUGGGGAUUCCCCAACUGCAGACCCUGUAACUGCGGCACUCGGUUGUGUGAACCCGUGACCGGUUACUGUAUCUGCCCUCCGAGGACCGUCCGCCCUGAAUGCACCACGUGCGAGCCCCAGACGUUCGGCUGCCACCCGGUGGUCGGCUGUGAGGUCUGCAACUGCUCUCGGCCCGGCGUCAUCACCCCCGAUGUCAACUGCGAUACGACGAGUGGACAGUGCAGGUGUAAGAACAACAUUGUCGGCCGUCAGUGCGACCGCUGCGCUCCUGGUUUCUAUGGUUACCCCAACUGCAGGCCAUGCGACUGCAACGAGGCCGGAACAGAAGAGGAAGUGUGCGACUCCUUCACGGGACAGUGUCUCUGCAAGGAGAACGUUCAGGGUUCACGGUGCGACCAGUGCAGAGUCGGCACGUUCCACUUGGACCCGACCAACCCGAAAGGAUGCACCAGCUGCUUCUGCUUCGGAGCCACCGACCGCUGCCGCAGCUCCAACAAGAGACGCACAGAGAUCAUGAACAUGGAGGGCUGGGUGUUACUCAGUGCCGACAGACAGGAAGUACCCGUCGUUGUGUAUCCGGGUCAGGACCUUGUCGAGGCCGACCUCAGCGAUGUGCCGGACGUCUAUCAGGACCUGCACUGGCACGCUCCAAAGACUUACCUGGGAGACAAGGUCUCGUCUUACGGAGGUUACCUGAGGUAUCGUCUCCACACUCAGACCAUGAGAGGAGACGUGUUGUCUCUGCCCGCUGAAGCCUCCAGGCCCGACAUCAUCCUCAAGGGUAACCAGAUGACCCUGGUGUUCAUGGAGAGAGAGUACUCCUCACCCGAGGACCCUCACCUGGGGAUAGUUCACAUGGUCGAGGGAAGUUUCCGUCACGCUCAGACCGGUAACCUGGUGUCCCGCGAGGAGCUCAUGAUGGUCCUGGUCAGUCUAGAGUCUCUGCAGAUCCGAGCCCUGCACUCCCAGUCCGCCCACUCCGUGUCGGUGCGCGGCGCCGUCCUCGAAGGCGCUGAGAGCCUGGAUUCCGGUCGCCAUGCCAACAACGUGGAGAUCUGCAUGUGUCCUGCCAACUACUUGGGCGACUCGUGUCAGAAAUGUGCUCCAGGUUACUACAGAGACACCAUCGGCCUGUUUCUGGGGAAAUGCGUCCCCUGUAACUGUAACGGACACUCUGACCGCUGUCUGGACGGAUCAGGAAUCUGUCUGGAUUGCCAACACAACACAGCAGGCGACCACUGUGAGACGUGUCAGGGUGGUUUCCUUGGUAACAACACUCUUGAUGGACAGGCGGUGUCGUGCUCCAGUUGUCCCUGCCCCCUGAGGGUCCAGUCCAACAAUUUUGCAGAAGGUUGUGUGCAGAAAACAGACAAGAUGCAGUGUCUGUGUAUGCCGGGUUAUGCCGGACCCCACUGUGAAAGGUGUGCCCCUGGUUACUACGGCAACCCCAUGGUGCUGGGCAGCAGGUGCCAGCUGUGCCAUUGCCACGGCAACACGGACACCAACAUGCUGUUCACCGACUGUCACCCGCUAACCGGCGAGUGUCUGAGCUGCAUGCACAACACGGCCGGGCCGCACUGCGACACGUGCGCUCCUGGUUACUACGGCGACGCCAUCGAUGCCAAGAACUGCACCAAAUGCAACUGUUCUCCAUGUGGCACCGAGUCAUGUGACCCUCACACUGGACAGUGUCGCUGUAAACCAGGAGUGACCGGACCGCAUUGCGACCGCUGUGUGGACGGCGCGUUCGGCUUCGACUCGUGCUCUGGCUGCCGUCAUUGUGACUGUGAGGCCUCUGCGGCUCUCGUGCAGCCGUGUGACCCUCGGAGCGGUCAGUGCGCCUGCCAGCCCGGAGUCAACGGGCCGAGCUGCAAACAGUGCGCUCCUGGACACUGGGACUACAGCCCGAACGGAUGCAAGAAGUGUGACUGCAGAGGAGGUCGCUGUGACCCGCGCUCCGGAGAGUGUCGCUGUCCCGACGGGAUGACGGGGAAACAGUGCGACACCUGCUCACAGAAAUAUAGCAUCCCCAUGGAGGAACAUCACAGCAUGCACUGCGAGCCGUGCGACAGCUGCGUCAUCGUCCUGUUGGAGGAUCUGGACAAGAUGAACGAUAACUUCCGCUCGGUCGCCGGGCAGCUUAGCAAGCUGAACGCCAGCUCCAUGGCCUGGGCUCAGCUCAACAACGUCAACAAGUCUAUAGAGGACAUCGCUCGUGCAAUUGAGAACUACAACAGCACUCUGGAUGAGAGCAGAAGUCGGGCCGACAUGCUGGAGGCUGAAAUCGUGAAUAUUAAUGAAGACAUCAAUGAACUGCAGGACAAGGUUGCAGUGAUGACCGACCGGGUUGGUGACGUGCGGGACAGUACCACAAACACACACCAGAGGGCGGAAGACCUGCUGUCCUUCAUCAGCAACGUGACCAUGGAUAUAAACGAUGUCUUGCUUCUGGCAAACCGGUCCUCUGUGAACGGCACGGAGGCGGAGCUGGAGGACGAGGAGAGGGAGAGGAAGAUGAGGGAGGUGCAGGCCAUGCUGAGAGAGAUGAGGUACAGGAGCUGCGUGGGACAGAAGAAAGUGGCCGAGAGAGAGAGGACGGAGGCGGGGAAAUUGUUGGAGCGUGUGAACAAGGAGCUGGCCAAUCGUCAGGGCAAUAACGUUGACGUGGCCAAAGCGAUCAGAGACCGCCUGGCCCGUUUCCACUCCGAGAUGAUGGACCUCCGAGACGCCCUGAACGAAGCCGUGAACGACACGGCCAAGGCGGCGGAGAUCAACAACGCCAACGAGAAGACUCUGGAGGACAACAAGAAAAGACUAGAAGACCUGAUGUCGAAGCAGAAGGAGGUGAACGACCAGCUGAACAUGGCCGAAGACGACGUCGCUCAGGUCAACGACAUGCUGUCCACUCUGCAAGACUCCAAAGAGGAGUACGAGCGGCUGGCAGCUCAGCUGGACGGCGCCAGAUCCCCGUUGGCGGAGAAAGUGCAGGAGUUCGCCUGGACGGACUCUAAGAUCCCCCUGGUGGAGGACGCAGAGAGGCACGCCAAGAUGCUGAACGCCUUAGCAAUGAACCUGUCCAGUUUGAUUGAGGAGAGCAAGAAGGAAGGAUUUGUGGACGUAACAAAAGCCUACAACAAGAUCAUCGACAGCAUCAAGGAGGCGGAGGAGGCCGCCAAGAUGGCUGCCAAGGCUGUCAACGACACUGUGGAGAACAUUAAGGGUCAGGAUCUCGGUCAGAUCGCCAGUUCUCUGAAGAAUCAUAGUAUGGAUCUGACGGACGAAGUCGAGAAGCUGAGUGAUGAUCUGAACAACGACCUGAAGCCCCAGCUGGAGGACGCUCAGAGGCGACUGGACGAGGCCAAAACCAAACAGGCCGAUGUGAUGAAAGACCUGGAGAUGGUUCAAAACAACCUCAACUUCACCUCAAACGUGAGUCAGGAGAUCGCCGAGGUAAAACAAGCUGCAGAUCUUGCAAACACCACGGCAACACAAGUGAACGAUGCCCUGCGUCCAAUCAAAGAGCAGCUGGACAAAUGGCAGCAGACCUACGGAGAUGCCAACGCCACCAACGAUGACAUCAACAACGCCCUGAUGGAGGCCAACAAGACCGUUCAAGCUCUGGGUGAUACCAUCCCCUUGCUCAUGAAGAAGCUGGAUAAGCUGCAGAAUCACUCGGCACAGAUGCCGAACAUCUCCGAGAACAUCAACCGCAUCCGACAGCUCAUACAGCAGGCGCGGAACGCCGCCAGCAAGGUCGGCGUCCCGGUGAAGUUCAACGGGAAGUCUGGCGUUCAAGUGCGUACUCCUCCUAACCUGGCCGACCUCGCCGCCUACACCUCCCUGAAGUUCUACAUCACUCUGCCUGAGGCGACGCGAGGCAGACGGCAGGACGACUCCAACAAGCAGUUUGUCUUCUACCUCGGCAACAAGGAUUCCAGUAAGGAGUUCCUGGGCAUGGCGUUGGUCGGGAAGAGACUGCGCUGGUACUUUAACGUCGGAGGAGAAACGGCUGAGGUGAUGAUGAAUGAGGACGUCGAGUCGAAGGGAAACUUCAACAGCGUUGUGCUGGAGAGGAUCCUUCAGUACGGUCAGAUGUCGAUGUCUUCAGAGGCCUCCGAGGGCGAUCAGAGAGUCACCAAAGCGAACGUGGAGGCCGCAGGAGAUCAGGGUCUGCUCAACCUUUUGACCGACGACACCGUCUUCUACGUGGGAGGAUACCCGAGUACUUUCAAACCUCCCGCCCCGCUCGCUCUCCCACACUUUAAGGGCUGCAUGGAGCUCGACACGCUGAACGAGGUCGUCCUCAGUCUGUACAACUUUGAAAACGUCUUCCAACUCAACACCACAGAGGAGAAACCAUGUGGCAGGUCGAAGCCGGUGCUGAGUCAGGCCUGGGUGAACGACGCGGCGUAUUUCGAUGGGACCGGCUUCGCUGAGAUCAUGUUCUCCGAACAAUCCACUCGCAUUAAGCGGUUCGAACAGGAAGUGAAACUGCUGUCGCACAACGGCAUCCUGCUGCUGUUUAAGCACGGGGAUAAGUUCCUGUGUCUGGCGGUGCUUCAGGGCCGACUGAAGGUUUACUAUGAUUUCAGCGGGGGUCUGAUGGAGCUCGAGCCCAAAGAGCCUGAAUCGGAAUUCUUGAGGAUUAGCGAUGCUGACCCCAAAGCCCUGGGGAUCAUCAUCAUGGACUCGCGUCUUGUGGUGAGAAACAGCCGCAACACCCUCUACUCCCACCAGUUCAUAGAGGACAUCCCCCCCUUCAUCAGCAUGUACUACCUGGGAGGAGUCCCCGAGAACAACAUGCCCAAGCAGUUGAAGUCUCUGUUCCCUAAGCAGGGCUCUCUGAAGGGCUGUUUCAGGAACGUGAAGGCCCUGAGCUCCCACAUCGACCUGAAGAGGAUGACCAGCUCUGGAGUCAGUUUUGGCUGUGACAGCGACCUGCUGUUGGCUCGUGAGGCUCACUUCUCGGGACAGAGCUACCUGGACUUGGGUCUGACGGACGUCCCCAGCCUCAGAGACAACUUCUACGCCAGCUUCAGCUUCAGGACGGAGAAGAAAGAGGGACUCAUGUUCUACCACCAGGAUAAGGGUGGUGUGUGUCAGGUGUUUUUGCACGAGGGCCACGUCGUUGUGAGAGUUGGAAACAGUGAGAUUAAGACUCAGAAAACGUACAAUGACGACAACAGCCAUUACGUCUCCAUUUACAACGACGUCAACGGGAUACGUCUGUACAUGGACGACGUGCUAGAAAAAGCCAAGGAGGGACUCCGGAUAGACAGCCGAGCGGUGACGACCUCACCGGAAGGAACCUUCCUGGGAGGAAUGCCCGACCAGGGUCUCACUAAUCUCACCGGAUGUAUCAGCAAUGUUUUCGUCAAGAGGGAAACGAGUACUCAGAUGGUUUUGAACCUGCUGAAAACAAAAGAAAACGUCAACGUUCCUCUGGACUGUCCCGCUGCAAAGAAACCACAACAGAUCGUCUCUGCUCAGCCCAAACACAGCAGCAAACAAAAGGGGAAGAACAAGAAGCCGUCGGGGUCUCGCAGUCGGAACACCAGGGACUCCUGUCAGGGCGGGCCGUCAGAUCAGGAGGCCGGGGCGACGCACUUCAGCGGCUCCACACACAGCUACCAGAGAUACGACUCUCUGCCCGCCUCACUCAGCUCACUACCUCACAUCUCCAUGGCCCUGAGGAUAAACUCCUCUGACGGUUUGGUGCUCUACGCGGCUAACAGUCAGAGGGGCGGGGCUGUGAUGUCACUCGGCGUGUCAGAGGGUCACCUGCUGCUCCUGUUGGACGGAGGGAAGAGGAAGGUCAGCCUGCGGAGCCGCAAGAAGUACAACGACGCCCAGUGGCACACGGUGUUUGUGAAGCGUGAAGGAGAGAAGGUCAGUCUGAUCGUGGACGGUAUCAGCGCUCAGUCCAAGAGAAUCCCCGGAGGAGAGAAGACUCGUCUCACCGGGCCGUUAUACAUCGGAGGAGUGCCGCCAUCUCUGACGGCUCCGGGCUCUGGUGGUUUCGUUGGAUGUGUCAAAGACCUGUCGCUGAACGAGGCCCCUGCAGGAAACCCCGUUCACAGCCAGGGGACGGUGCCCUGCUUCCAGCGCCCUCUGCAGGCCGGAGCGUACUUCUCCGGAGAGGGAGGACACAUCACUAUAGAUGAGUCCUUGGUUCUGGGUCGGGAUCUGGAAAUCCAGCUUGAGGUUCGGCCCAUCUCGGACUCUGGGCUGCUGUUGCAUGCUGGGAUAUCACCUGAUCAACACCUGAGUAUCGUCCUCAACCAGGGAGAGGUGACAGUUUCAGUAAACACUGGUAAAGGUGAAUUCUCUACCUCCUUCACUCCUGAAGAACCUCUUUGUAACGGACACUGGCACACCAUCACAGUGGUGAAGAAGAACAACGUCCUGCAGCUCCACGUCGAUGCAGCCAGCGAGCACAGCGUCGGGCCCAAACAGAGCCGCUCUGCAGGCGCCAAAGAGGCCGUUUACCUGGGAGGGGUACCAGAUGGCGUCCCGGUUCCCGGUCUGCCUGCCGACCUGCCCACCUUCCACGGCUGCAUCCGCACGGCGAGCAUCAACCACAGACCUGCCAUGUUGUCCAAGCCGCUCUCUGUGCACGGAGCUGUGGGAACACAGGGCUGCCCGCACAUGUAACACACACACACACACACACACACACACACACACUGGUGCACAGUUUUACCCUCACAUUCCUACAAAUCACUUGGUGGUGGGUGUCACGUUACUGUAGCUAAUUUAAAAUAUAUAUAUUAAUAUUUAUUUUCUAUUUUCAGAAAAUGUAUAUUUUAUAUUUUCCUGUUUGUCGUUGCUCUCGUACUGGUUUUGUUUUUUUGUGCUGCGGCAGUGACUGCACUCGGAGAUGCACUGAAACAAACACACACGAUGUCAUAAAUCACGUUUAACAUGUAGUAUAUUGUAAAUAAAGACAACUCGGAUCGACUCUCUCUUGCUUUUAUCAUCACAGAUAUUCAUAAAUAAAUGAUGUGGAUCAUUUUGAACUGCAAUAUUCCAUUUUUAAAAAAAAUGUGUUUCUCUUUUGACUUGUGCAUCUCUAGCAGACGACGUUAAGUUUUCCUACUGAGUCGGUACACUGUGAACACUGUGAGCAAAAAAAAAAAAAGUCCUCAGGCAGCACAGAUGGGAGACGUUUCCUGAAACCGGGACGAGGACGGGGCGUCUGGAGAGUUAUCACAGUUAAUUAAGUCUCCGUUCCACAAAGAUGUGGAAAUGUAGCGCACACUCAAGUCCUGUUCAUAUUCAGACUAUCCUGCUACUAAACACAUGAUUGUUUUUUGUGAUAUUUAUGGUCUUGGUCUUGUCUCGGUCUAUGAGCACUCUGAUCCCGGGCACGUCCUGGUCUCGGUUAGUCUGGUCUUGACUAUAACACUAUCAUUUCCAAAAAAGCGGUGAUUUAGAAUUAAUUUAUUAAACCUUUUUUUAUAUAUUUGAUCUGCUACAGACGCUCACUGUACUCAAAUGUUGCUCAUUUUAAUCCAACAGGAUGAAACAGUGAGGUUUUUUAAAAAGUUACACGUGUACAGUGACCUUUAUUUUUUGUAUUCUAUCAUGAGAUUUCUUAAAAAAAAAAAAAAAAUGGAAAAGAAAAAGAAAAAAUACACUGUUUAGUACAUAUUCUUAUUUUACUCCCUACUUUUAAUGUUUUGUUUUUUUUGUUUUUUUUUUAAAUGGCCUUACUCGGUUUGUUGUGAUAAUGCCGCUUUCAGGUCAAGAUGUUCACAUCAAGACUUCAAGUCGAUCAUUUGACGUGAUUUAACCCAAAAUAUCAACUCUGUCGUUUAAUCAUUACAUUAUUUUAAACCCUGAAAAGAUGUAAACACGACACUCA